GAAGGUCUUCCAGAGCCAGUGGUGAUGGAACCAUUGAAUGGAAGUGAUGAAGAACAGGACCAGCAAAGUGAGAAAGAACCAACUCAGAAAGGCUCUGAGGAGGCUCCGCAGCAUAGCUGGGUGGCCUGGUGCGAUGGCAUGACAGCAAGAGGAAUAAUCUAUCUGUUCGCCUUAUUGCAGAUAUUGGUUUUCUUCUUUAUGUUUUGGUGCGGUGGCUGUGAGACAAUUCCAGAAGUUCAGGAUGCUUUUGAUGUGUUGUGCACCUUCUUUACUCCGUUUGGACACUUGAUUACAAAUUCUAGCAAGGAUCUGACCAGAAGUCAGGACAUUACAAUAUUCUACUUCCUGCUAUCUCUGCUUUCCCUUAGCUUACUGCUCAUAGGAAUGCUGAUUUGGUAUUUUGUGCAAACACCUCCAGAUCCCUCAUUUCCCCUUCAAGAGGAUAGGCGACAGUCUGUCAGCCGCCAGCCCUCAUUUACCUAUUCUGAAUGGACAGAGGACAAAAAUGAAGAUGACUUCCUUGAUCUGGACCCAGUGCCAGAAACACCUGUUUUUGAUUGUGUGAUGGACAUGAAAGCAGAGACAGAUCCAGCAACCCUAACAGUUAAAUCUGUGGGUCUGCAAGAAAGGAGGGGUUCAAAUGUUUCGCUCACUCUAGACAUGUGUACUCCAGGUUGUACUGAACAAGGAUUUGGCUAUAUCAUGUCCCCACGGGAGCAAUCAGCCCGGGAAUACCUCCAGACAGCAUCAAGUGUUCUCACUGAGGAAGAGCUGCACCAGAAAGCACUAGAUUCUUUUGUACUCCAGACAGAGUUUUUUGAAAUUCCAAUGAACUUUGUUGAUCCAAAGGAAUAUGAUAUUCCAGGUUUGGUCAGAAAGAAUCGCUACAAAACAAUUCUCCCAAAUCCUCACAGCAGGGUGUGCCUUACCUCAGAUGAUCAAGAUGAUCCCCUGAGUUCUUACAUCAAUGCCAACUACAUCAGGGGCUACGGAGGAGAAGAAAAGGUGUACAUUGCAACUCAGGGACCCAUUGUUAAUACUGUCAGUGAUUUCUGGAGAAUGGUAUGGCAGGAGCAUUCUCCAAUUAUUGUCAUGAUUACCAAUAUAGAAGAGAUGAAUGAGAAAUGUACAGAGUAUUGGCCAGAAGAGCAAGUUACCUAUGAAGGCAUUGAAAUCACCGUUAACAGAGUCAUACAAGCAGAUGAUUACCGGUUAAGGCUUAUUACACUAAAGAAGGGUGAAGAAGUAAGAACUCUGAAGCAUUACUGGUACACAUCUUGGCCAGACCAGAAGACCCCUGAUCAAGCACCAGCCUUGUUGCAACUGGUUCAAGAUGUAGAAGAGGCCAUGCAGUGUGCCAAAGAAAAGAAUGCUCCAAUCAUUGUCCACUGCAGUGCAGGGAUUGGGAGGACCGGAUGCUUUAUUGCCACCAGCAUUUGUUGCAAACAGUGGAAGAAUGAGGGUGUCGUUGACAUACUCAAAACAACUUGCCAGCUACGGCUAGACAGGGGAGGAAUGAUCCAGACUUGUGAGCAGUAUCAAUUUGUCCACCAUGUCAUGAGUUUGUAUGAAAAGCAGUUUCCUAGAGUAACAGCAGAAGAAUGACAAUUCAAAAUUAUUUGUUAUGAUAAAACCCAACAGAACUCUUGACCAAAAUCGUAUG